CUAAUAACCUCAUAUGUAUCCUAUAUAAAUUAAGUGCGUUUACAUUUUCGUUGUCUUUCUGGUUUUGGAAUUCCUCCAACAUGGGUUUAAACAUAAUAUUCUUGGUUUCUGUUUUCAUUAAUUGUGUCUUCAGUAAGGAAGGAAUUACAGAGUCAUGUGACCACAAUGAUAUAGAAUGCUUGAAAACGCAGACAAUAAAUGUGUUCGCCAAGGCAAGUGCUGGAGCGCCAGAUUAUAACAUGGAACCUACAGAUCCAUUCGAAAUAAAAAAGAUGGAGUAUACUGAUCCAGCAACUGAUAUUGUAAUGCAAUUUGAGAAUAUGAAGAUAACAGGAUUUAAAAAUCAGAAGAUGGUCGACUUUAAGCUCAACACUGACACAAAAGCAGUAGAAUAUCGUGGCAGGGUAGAGGUAGAUAUAGCUGCAGACGUGUCAGUAAAAAUAAACGAGGACACUGAAAUCCUCUCCGGAACCUAUAAGGCUAAAGCAACCUCAAUUGGAAUUGUAAGGUACUUUUACAGUCUGAAUGUAGGCAGUGACGGGGUUGAGCAUUAUACUAUCGGCCCUGAGACCAUCACUUGUGAGCCGGUUGGAGUACCAGAAGUUACUCUUGAUCUACAGCAUUCUAAUAUUGUUGAAAAAGAUCCAGGUGCAGUUUCGAGAAAGGCUGACUAUCUGAAGAGAGCAGAGGAAAUAAAACGAAAGCCCGUUUGCACAAUUAUUACGAAAGGAUACAAACAUGUCUUUGUACAAUUACGAGCUCUCGCCAAUGCAUUGCCAAAAUCAGCGAUUUUAAAAGAUAUAUAAAAAAGAGAGACUUAUAUAUAUGCUCUAAAAUUGAAACCUGCUUAAUUCCUAUAAGAAUGUUGCUUCAAAUAAUAUAUUUGCAAAGUAUAGCGUUUCAAUAAAUACCUAC